GUCAUGGGAUGUGGUUCAUCACAUCGAAAACUUCACGAUCCAUCAUCUUAUGCACCACCAACUGAAAUUUCAAUAAAAGCUGCCAUUUUAAUCCAAAAAUGGUACAGACGUUGCAUGGCACGUUUAGAAGCACGACGUCGUGCAACGUGGAGUAUAUUCACAGCAUUGGAGUAUGUCGGUGAACAAGAUCAAUUAAAGUUGUACAAUUUUUUCAGCGAACUAAUCGAUACAUUGAAUGAAACGAAAGAUAAUUUACAUCGUUGCACCUCACUAGCACAAGCUUUAUCGCAACAUACCUCAUCAACAACAAAUGAAGCAUCGGAUGAAAAAAAAUUACUGGAAAUGACUCAGCCGGAAUCAUUCAAAAUCGAAAAAGGCUACAAAGGUCCCAAUAUUUCACUGCCACUCAAAAAAAUUCACAUUGAUCAAAUGAUGGAUGCUUUCAAAAAUAAUAAAAUAAUGCAUAUCAGUUACAUAUUAUUAAUAUUACAUGAAGCUCGACGGGUAUUCAAAGCGCUUCCGACAGUUGUUGAAAUAUCAACAUCACUUUCAAAACAAAUUACUGUCUGCGGAGAUUUGCACGGAAAAUUCGAUGAUUUAUCCAUUAUUCUCUUUAAGAAUGGUUAUCCAUCAAUUGAUAAUCCAUAUAUAUUCAAUGGUGAUUUCGUUGAUCGUGGUACUCAAUCUAUAGAAGUAUUCGUGGUACUUUGCGCAUUUGUAAUCCUAAAUCCAUCAUCAGUAAUACUAAAUCGUGGUAAUCAUGAAGAUCAUGUCAUCAAUUUACGAUAUGGAUUUGUGAAAGAAAUAAUGACAAAAUAUAAGGAAUCAGCAAAUGCAUUAGUGAAAUUGUUGGAAGAUAUCUUCUCAUGGUUACCACUUGCAACGAUUAUUGAUAAUAAAAUAUUUGUUACACAUGGUGGUAUUUCGGAUACAACAAACUUAGAUGAGCUGAAAAAUUUACCACGAUAUCGAUAUGGAUCAGUGCUCAGGCCACCCUUUUAUUUUGAUGGUAUGCAAAGGAAAAGUGUUGAUAAUAAAGAAUGGAAAUUAAUUUUGGACAUAUUAUGGAGUGAUCCAAAAGAGCAGAAUGGUUGCACGGCAAAUAUUUUUCGCGGUGGUGGAACAUAUUUUGGUCCCGAUAUUACCCAGACAUUUCUUGAGAAGAACCAACUGGAUAUGAUUGUUCGAUCACAUGAAUGCAAAUAUGAAGGAUAUGAAUUGACACACAACAAUAAAUUAUUAACCAUAUUUUCGGCUUCAAAUUACUACGAAUACGGUAGUAAUCGAGGCGCAUAUGUUAAAUUUCUUGGUGCUAAUCAUGAACUACAUUUUGUACAAUAUCAAGCUACUAAAGCACAUCGACAAGCUAUUAGCGCAAAAGAAAGGAUUGAUGCUGUCGAACAAUCAGCUAUGCAAAAUUUACGAACGCAGUUGGAUGUACACAAUAAGCAACUACAAAAUGAAUAUGAAAUUUUGGAUCCAACAAAUACUGGUAAAAUUUCAAUUCAUAAAUGGUGCAAAUGUGUUGAAAGUGUUUCUGGCCUUAAUUUGCCAUGGUAUUCAUUAGCUCCACGACUUGUCACCGUAACCGAUGGUGGUAAAAACGUAUUAUACAAGCAAAACUCUUCAUCAGCUGUACAAAUUUUUAGUGGUAACAAGAAAAUCAUGCAGAAGAAACCGCAUGUGGUAGAAACAUUGUAUAGGCAUAAAAAUACUCUUGAAGCAUUGUUCCGUUUCAUGGAUAAGGAUAAUUCAGGCGUUGUAACCGUAGCUGAAUUCGUCGAUGCAUGCAAAAUUUUGGGUCAAUAUACUCGUAACCCAUUAAAAGUACCUCAUUUGGAACAAAUAGCGGAAAGUAUUGAUUUCAAUAAAGAUGGUUAUAUCAACCUGAACGAAUUCUUGGAAGCAUUCCGCCUUGUUGAUCAAGGAACCGUCUAAUAUGAUUGCAUUUAUCCUCUCUAAUGUGAUGCUCAUUGAUUAUCCAUCCAAUCAAUUAUUGAC